AUGGAAGUCCUACUAAACCUCUUGAAGCCAUUCCUAUUCAUUUAUCAGUUCUUUGAGCGGAUUUUCUGGUCAGGGCUUAAUGAACGAAGUAUACUUGGCCUCGUCCUAAAUUUUUGGCUAAAUUUUGGGCCCAUAUUCAUUUGGCUUCUCAUAUUCAAAAAUGCUGGAUUGAUUCCACACUCGAUACGUCCUACUAUACACGUGGCAUUGCCAUUUCACGUUGACACAUUCAUGUUUUCUACCUGGAAGGGUGCCCUCAUUUGCAUUCCUAGUUUUUUUGCCAUUGGGUGGUUGUUGUAUUUUGCAGUAUACAGACAAAAAGGAAAACUCGCAAAUUCAAAAUCCAAGUAUGUGCCAUUGAAGAGCGAAGAUGAUGUCGCUGUCUCGGAGGAAGGCUCUUCUUCUUUUGAAAUGGAAUCAUUUGAAAGCGACGAUUUGGAGCCGGGAGUCGUUGCAAUUGGUAAACCGCCAGAAGCAAACUUUCAAGGUGAGAUCAAACAGUUGACUUUUUUCAAACCACUUGAUACCAGAGUUGUCAAUGACAUGGCAACGUCUGUUAACAAAUACAUUCGGGAAAAGCAAAACCAAUAUGGAUACCACUGGCAAGUUCCUCGCAAUUGCUGGUAUUGGGCACCACCUUUCUUACUUGCCACUUCUUGGUUUAUCCUUAAUUUUGAUUACUGGUUAAGAACGCCAAUUCGUACUUGGAAAGAUUUACUUGCAUGGACGUCUUAUGUGUUGGGCCACAUAACUGUGCCCAUUAUCACUGCUGUCUGGCUUUAUGUAUUCCAUGCACCAGGGGCGUUAAAGUAUUAUGGAUGGGCUCUUGGGUUCCAAAACAUAUGCGGUGUUCUCACUCAUUUAUUGUUUCCUUGUGCUCCACCAUGGUUUAUACACAUGUACGGAGAAGAUGCUGAGGCUAACUAUGAUUUACCAGGCUAUGCUGCAGGGUUAACCAGAGUCGACGUUGCAUUGGGUACACAUUUGAAUAGUAAAGGUUUCCAUGCAUCACCAAUAGUCUUUGGUGCAGUUCCAAGUCUUCAUUCUGCCAUGGCAGUAAUGACGUUUUUGUUUGUUUCGUAUUACGCACGGUGGACGUUCGUUAAGCUAAUUUCAUUUGCAUUUGUAGUUUUGCAGUGGUGGGCGACCAUCUAUUUGGACCAUCAUUGGCGAUUAGAUUUGUUUGUCGGGAUGUGCUAUGCAUUAAUUUGGUUUGCGAUCAUGUAUCACCGGUUGAGAAGAGUGAAUGAGUUGUUUUUGCAGCUGAGGUUGCAAUACAACUUUGCCAAGGGAAGUACCAUGGGAAUGAGAGUGUUUCGAAAUACUAAGCUUCAGUCAUUUUUUGACCCACUUAGCUAG